AUGAAAAUGGAUCUGUCAAUGUCAAAUUAUCUGUAAUUUAUGAAAUUAAAGAAAAUUCCCUAGUAAAUAAAAAAUAGUUAGAAAUUUAGAAAUGUGAAAUUAUUUGUGCACACAAUCUUCGACCGCAUAUCUUCGGCGAAGACUACAGCCCUUAGACUCCACAUGUAUCAUCAGAAACUACGAAUCCGUCUACGUCAGGCCUUCAGUCAAACUUACAAAACAUACACAGCAUGAGAAAGAAUGAAGAUGACACGACCAAAGACAAAGACAACGAAGGUUCCAUUACAGAUUGGGUGGCGGGUGGUCCACUCGGCUCCAAAGCGGCAGUGCUCGUUUUCCGAUCAUGCGUUCUCGCUUCGAGGACACCAUCGAUGGAGUCGACGACGAAAACGAUAGGGAACAAUACGGGGACUACCAUACUAUUGAAUAAAGCUAAGAAUAUGGCAAAGAGGCUAGUCGCCGAGCCGCACUCCUUCAGCGUGAGGCCGAAGAAUAUAAUGCAUGACGUUAUGGAGACAUUCGGGAACAGCCAAAAGUAUACGGGACAAGCUUAUGUCGUGCGGCAUGUGAGCGAAGCGGAUGUGCCUGAAGCGGUUCCUGUUGAGGAACAGGGACACGAGCCGGCGGAACACAAGAGGGACAUAGAUGACGUCCUCAACGAUCUCAGUAAGAUCACUCUUAAAAAACACUUGAAUAUUGAGAACACGACGGCAAAUAUCAAACCGCCUGAAGAACCGCCUCCGUCUAAAGUUUCAGUAGAAGUAAAAGAUGAGAGGAAAAGUAAAAGGACUAAAUGCAAAAACAAGAAGAAGAACACGCAGAUACACAGGACCCUCUCGCCGGCGCUCGACAGCGACGACUCGGAACAUCUGCUGGUCAAGGAAGUGGAUAAUGUUAAAGUAUUAGAUAGCAAUCAAAUGCCGGCACGCGUUUUGAAGAUCUCAUACAAGCUGGUGAACACGGAGACGAAGUUAUUACACCGCUUGUUGCAAGCGCACGGCCUGAUCGAAGCGGCAGCAGACGAGAAGAACUUCAACUUGCUGUGGUCCGGCCUGCAUCCUAAGCCGGACGUGCUCAGAUCGUUGUCACCGUAUCAAAGAGUCAAUCACUUUCCUAGGUCAUACGAGCUUACCCGCAAAGAUAAACUGUUCAAGAACAUUGAGAAGAUGCAGUACUUCCGUGGACUGAAACACUUCGACUUCAUCCCCACCACCUUCCUGAUGCCGGCCGAGUACAAAGAGCUAUGCUCAACUCACUAUAGGACGAAGGGCCCUUGGAUCGUAAAGCCGGCGGCUUCCAGUCGAGGUCGGGGCAUCUACAUAGUUAACACGCCAGAACAAAUACCGAAAGGCGAGAACGUAGUAGUGGCGAAAUACAUAGACAAGCCGCUCCUGAUUGGUGGUCACAAGUGCGACCUGCGCCUGUACGUGUGCGUGACGUCAAUAGACCCGUUAUUAGUGUACCUGUACGAGGAGGGGCUCGUGCGAUUCGCCACCGUCAAGUACGACAAAACGAACAAGAACCUGUGGAACCCGUGCAUGCAUCUGUGCAACUAUAGUAUCAACAAAUAUCAUACCGACUAUAUCAAGUGA